GCCACUGUCGUCUUUUUCCAAUAUGGCGCGCGGUGCAGUGACGUGUUUGAUUAUUUUUGUUGUAAUUUGUGGUUUUCUGAAUGUAAAAGGACAAAAAGACAUUAUAUUGUUAAAUGAAGACAACUGGACGGACAUGCUGAAAGAUGAGUGGAUGGUGGAAUUUUACGCACCAUGGUGUCCCGCUUGCAAGGGCCUCCAGGACACCUGGCGACAAUUUGCCUCAUGGGGGCUGGAUAUGGGGAUCAAAGUAGGUCAGGUGGACGUCACGUCAUCCCCCGGCCUCAGUGGCCGGUUUAUGGUGACGGCCUUGCCCACCAUAUUUCAUGUCCUCAACGGCGAAUUUCGACAAUACAAAGGCUCCCGAGAUAAGGAGUCGUUCAUGUCUUUCGUAGUGGAAAAAAAGUGGCAGCAAGUCGAACCUGUGCCUUAUUGGAAAUCGCCCAACUCUAUACAAAUGUCGAUCGUUUCCACAUUUUUCAAACUAUCGCAAACUUUGCGGCUCAUCCACACGAAGUUAAUGGAUGAUUUUGGGUUGCCCACCUGGGGGUCGUAUUUGAUUUUUGCCAUAGCUACCAUCAUCAUGGGGGCGUUGCUGGGGCUGGUGUUGGUUUGUUUGAUCGAUUUGAUUUAUCCUCCGAAGCAGACGGUGGUCGUGAGCAAAGAGAAGAAGAAAGCGAAAGAAUCUGAUGAUGAAUUGGGGGAUGAAGAUAUCAAGGAUGAUUUGCUGGAUGAUGCCGAAGGGUCGGAUAAAGACAAGAACAAAAGCAGUCCAAGCAGUCCAAACGCCAAGAAACGUAAACCAAGGAGAGCGGAUUAAGCGAGAAAGGGGGCAAAAUUUGAGACUAUUUCCAGUGACUGUUUGGGAGGUGACUAACAAUAAAAGGAAACGAAUCAAUGAUUCCGACAAGAUAUUUAAAUUUUCUAUUAUUAUUAAUAUUAUUGUAGAUUUUUUCAAUAAACUUGUGAUGUUAUUUUUAACAAA